AUUUGGAUCAGUCCCGUUACUUCCAAGCAUCAAUUCCCUUUUACUCAUUGAAAUAUUGUUCACAGAAAGAGUAAGAUAGUGCAAAAAAGUGGGGGAGAUAGGUAAACAAAUGAAAAGUAGUACGGAGUAAAAAACAAUGAAUCUGUGUCUUUUGAUAUGGCAGAUUGGCAGUAGUUAUCAAACAGAAAGUGGAAUAUAUAUAUAAGAAUCUGAUUUUAGUCCUCAAUUGAGCAGUUUGGACUUUGGAUACUCAUCACCCGUUUCAGUUUCAGUUCUAACUUCUGAUUCAAAACCGGGAAGUGUCAACCUGUACUAUUAGUAAUAGCACUUACUACAACAGAUGCAUUUAAGUUAUGAGAUUGUAAAGUUUCACCUGUUUUCUGUUUUAGAAUUUAAUUGGCAAAUUGUCUACUUUAGAAGCCAGACUGGAAAUCUCACUUACGAGAAUGAUGUUUUAUGCAUUGCAGAGGCCUCGCUUGAACUGCUGAUCAGGCAAAGGGUAGUUGAACUUGAUCUUGUCCAAAUGAUGAAAGCUUGGUGCAAUGGUACUGCAGCUACAAUCUCCAACACCCACCCGCGCAGCCUCCAACCGCCACCCGCUGUCCAACCGCCGCCGCUGCCUUCCACAUAUUUGGUUGCCAAGGUGCCGUCCAGCCGCACCGCCACACCGCCGCUCAUACUCCUUCACAAGAUGCGUCCAUCGAUUGGGCACUUGGGCGAUCUGAAGUGGCGGCUCAUCAAUGGAGGGGCAGGGAACAUCAUCAGAGAACAAGAGCAAGAACUCAGGUCUUGGGAAUCUAAUUUUGGUGUGUACCUGGGCGUUAAGGGGGGUGAUAUGACAAUUCUUGCGGAUCUGAUUUUGGAAAGUCACGACUCAUGACCAGUGG